AUGUAUAUGACGAAUUUCGCUCAGCUCCAGAAGGCACAUAUGGAAUAUUCCCAAUUUGAUGAUGCUCAAUUUGCAUCUGAUCCACUUGUCCUUCAGCUUCCAUUUCCAGACCAAUGCGAAUUUUUGCGCUUAUCUGCUUUUUUCAAGUUUGCAUCAGAUAGAAACAAAAGGAACAUGGCACUUUCAACUUUCCAAAAGCACCUUAACUUAAUCAGAGCUUAUGUUUCUCGCGGCGAUUAUACAGAUUUUGAUAGAGGUUUAGCUUGCGGAAUUCAAUUUGGACAGCGUUACAUGUUAGUCAACACAAAAAGACUGAAACUAUUUAUGGGGCGUUCAAAAUCCUGCCUUAAUGGCUGUUUCCAUAAAUGCGGAUAUCAUGUUUCUAGAAUUUCUUCAGAAGAUAACCAAAUUAUUUCUGAAUUCUCUAGAACAUAUGGCCGCCCUCUACCUCAGCCGCGCCAAUGGUGCAUCAGAUCAGACGAUCCUACAAUCGCUAGCUCGCAAUCCGAAUCUAUCUCCGAAACAGAAAUUGAAAUUGAUCCAAUCGAAAAUCUUUUCAAUGUAUCUUCGCUUCUCAAUAGGAAGCCAGAGUCAAUAUAA